AUGUUCUCCGAACAGCAAUUGUCCAUUAACAAAAUCAUAGGGCAAAAGCAAGCAGACGAGGACGUAUCGGUCACACAAGAACCCCCCUACCUCCCAUCCCCCACCCGUGAUCAGACAACGUACGAAACCUUCCCUUUCACAUCUCCUCCCCCAGUCACAACGCCUCCUACCUCCACCCCAAACCCCUCCUCCACACCCUCCACGCCCAUACCCACGAUCGGCAGUGCACCCCUCCCAAAAGCCUCCCCUCUCUCCCUGCCAGCGGCCAGCCAGCUGCCUCGCGCCCUUGCUGACUCGCCGACCUUCAAUUCUGCUGAGCCAUCCGCGCGCCCCUCGCCCGGCGCUCCUAGCCAGCAGACCCCGGCCCAUACAGACCCCCCCUCCUCCCCAAAGUUCACUAAAAGCCCUCCCGCCGUCAGACCCAAAACCAACACGCCCAUGAAGACCAAGGCUGAAGCUUCUACACAAGUAACACCUAAACGGAGCUUCAAAAACAAACAGAACAACAGAAACAACAAGCAAACCGAACAACUUGACCCCAACCGCCACUGGGAGGAAACAGCUCAGCAGCAGGUGCAUGGAGUUACCGCCCUACCCCCUGCCCCCCCUCCUCCAGCAGUGCCACCAGUCAUCAUUAACGACUAUGCAGAGCGGUCCACACAAGUUGUUGAUGAAGACGGGAAAUGUAACAGAUAUUCUGCAGCAUUAGAUCUCUUCAGAUUUACGGUUAUUCCCUUUUCCAUCAAUAAUCCCAGUGCGCAGUAUAACGUUAAACAGAGAGCUUCUUCAGACGCAUGGGUUAUUAUUACGCCAUCGUCUCUGUACGACGAUUUAAUGCCGUCUCUGUCAGAAAGAUCAUGUGUCGAUAUCGGAUAA